AUGAAAUGCCUUGGUUCAGACCUGGUAAAAGAUGGAUACUUCGUCGAGUGUGGAGCGCUUGAUGGGGAAACACGCUCCAACUCGCUCGUCUUCGAGAAGACCCUGGGCUGGCAAGGCCUCCUGAUCGAAGGCGACCCCAAAAACUACGAAUUGGUGCGCAAGAAGAACAGGAAGGCGUGGACAGUGGGCGCUUGUCUCAGCACGAAGCCGUAUCCUCAUUCCGUAAUGUUUGAACAGCAAUUCAACCUAGGGAAGAUAAGCAGCAAUGACGUGGAUUUCACCUUAAACAUGACAGGCGUCAUCGCAGUUCAGUGUCUGCCCCUCUACUCUCUGCUGUUGGCACUCAACGUGACGACCGUGCACUACUUCAGCUUGGAUGUCGAGGGCUUUGAGCUGGAGGUCCUCAAAACCAUUCCAUGGGACAAAAUUGACAUACAGGAAAUUUCUGUGGAGUACAUUCAUGGCACCUGGUCCAAACUUGAACUGAAGCACUACAUGAAACAACGAAAUUAUUGGUCUUACAAUGAAGUCGCUUUACCUGUAGGAUGGGCGUCGAGUGUGAGCUCCGACGGAUUCAACGAGCCACCACAACCUCCUGAAAUCUCAAACAAGCGCAGUGCGGUGAUUGGAAGCGGUCCAGUAAACCUUCACUUCUAUGAUCAGCGGGAGGAGGGAGCUGAACAACUGAGGCAGGCCGGAGCGCCUGGGUUCAGACUGUUCCCCAACUUCGAAUGCUAG